CACCGUAGUCGUACUAACCAAUUCUCAAUAUGUUCUCUCGCAUUCUCGCACUCCUUCCUCUCGUCUCGCUCGCCGUCGCCAACCCUCUUGUGGCUCGCAGCGAGGUCGACGCGCUCAAAAGUGCUUUAGACGGCAUGGCCAGCACCGUCGGCGACAUCAGCACAGCGGUCGACGCGUUCGAGUCCAAUGUCGACUCCACCCAUGCUUUCGCCGUUGGCAGUGCUUCACAAAAAUUAGACAACCAAAUCAAGGAGGCCAUUCCGCUUGUUCCCACCCACGUCGUAUCCGAUGCGGACGGCGAGACGAUUUGCGCCGCUUUCACAGACUUCCUUCCCUCGCUCGUUGAUGCCUUUGACAAGAUCGUUGGCUGCAAGAGCGAUUUCGUAGCCGUCCAUGUCGUUCCCUUCGUUUGCCAGAUCGUUGAGGAACUCGCGAAGGAUAACGCCGUCUUUGUUAGUGAUCUCAUGGCUGCUACCCCGUCCGCUUACAAGGAUUGUGCUCAGGAAUUGAGCGAUACCGUUUCGGCAGAGACGGCGAAGGUCCAGGCCGCAUACUGUUAGAAGGUGAACUUGGAUGUCAGGGUCAAUUAAAAUGUUUUUCAUUUAGCUGGCUCGAAAUACCGUUGCCAUCGAUUUUCUUUUGUCCUGUCUGAAUAAAUACGUGAUUUGAUUGUGCUUUAUUAGUCUAGGC